AAGCCACGCCCACUCUAUAUCACCUGCGUAAUUACCCGACAGCGUCGCGCUGCAGUUCAGGUAUGCAAUUGCGAAGUCGUCGGAAAUCAUGGGAUUAAACUAUUAACGUGGUAGGAGACACGCAGGAAACGAUGUACACGAGCGAGCGCAGGCGCAUGAGCCUGCAUGAGGUGAAAAGGAGAAACUCUGUUCGGGUUUCGGCUGGGAGUUUAUGGCAGGACGCUCUGGCGCUGGAGCUCAGCGCUAACAAGAGCGUGACGUCACCGCGGAGCCGCAGCCGCGCUUUGUCUGUAGUCUAUGUUGUGGUAGAAGACGCUUCAGUGGAGCAAAGCGAGGAAAAUCUUUCUCUGCGGUGUGUUCGGGAAGCGUGUGCGGAUUCCCACGCCGAGCUCCAAACCGUCCCGUUUGAGUCUAUUUCACACGCCACGGCCAACACACUGGAUACUUUCUACAACGCAGAUGUUGCCAUAGUUGAGAUGACUGAUUCUCUCAGUCAGCCCUCUCUCUUCUAUCACCUGGGUGUUCGAGAGAGCUUCAGCAUGACCAAUAACAUCAUACUGUACUGUAACAAGCAAGAGACUGACCUGCAGCUUCUCACGGAGCAGUGUGGGAGCUACACCUUCAUUGCUUACAUGGUGUCACCUCAAGGAAAGGUGUUUGCCUGUGAUGCGACUCUAAUGCGGGGAAUCACCGAGAUACUGCAGCCUAGCUUUACCAUCGAGCCUCUCCUGACCCCUUUAGUCGAGCAGCUGGUGAAGCUGUUUGAGAAUGUGCAUGUCCAUGCAAGUGAGUAUGUGCACGAAUCAAUCCGGCGGGAGAUCCGAAUGGCACGCGAGCGUUUCAGUGGGGAAUCGCUGAGCCAGGAGCUGAACCGAAUCCAGAAACGCCUGGACACUGUGGAGCUGCUUAGCCCUGAUAUAGUGAUGAAUCUACUGCUGUCUUAUCGUGAUAUCCAGGAUUACGAGUCCAUAAUCAAUCUGGUGGAAACCCUGAAUGACUUGCCCAUGUGUGCAGUGGCUACACAACCAAAUAUCAAGUUUCAGUACAUAUUUGCUCUGAAUAGGAGGAAUCGCCAGGGUGACCGUGAGAAAGCCCUAUCAGUCAUUCUGCCCGUACUACAGUCAGGAGAGCCAGUGGCCUCAGACGUAUACUGUCUCUGUGGACGCAUUUAUAAGGACAUGUUCCUGAGUUCCGGCUUCAAGGAUGUACACUGCCGUGAUCAAGCCUGCUACUGGUAUGGUAAGGCGUUUGAAAUGGAGCCCUCACUGCACUCGGGCAUUAACAACGUGGUGCUUCUCAUGGCUGCCGGCCAUGAAUUUGAUUCUUCUGUUGAGCUGAGAAAGUUCGGCGUCACUCUCAGCAGUUUGCUCGGUAGGAAGGGCAGUUUGGAGAAGAUGCAUGAUUACUGGGAUGUAGGUUUCUACCUUGGGGCUGGUAUUCUGGCCAAUGAACACAAGAAAGUAAUCGAAGCCUCAGAGAAACUCUACCGUCUCAAAGCACCAAUGUGGUAUGUUGGAUCAGUCAUGGAGACAUACAUUCUAUACAAACAGUUUGCCAAACCGCCAGAGGUGAAACACUCAAAACAAGAAAUUGUCGACUUCUGGAUGGAGCUUCAUGUGCAAGCAUGCAAACCUACUCUUUCUACAGCACGUUGCCCCGUACUGAUCCUAGAGCCCACUAAAAUCUUCCAGCCCAGCAUAGUGAGCGUGUGUGAGGAGGACAAGAGCCGCACCGUGCAGCUGAGACAUGUUACACCACUACAGAAAGGCCUACAUGAGUGGACAUUCCCUGCAUCAGCAAUUCGUGGAGUGAGUGUCUCUAAAUUUGAUGAGCGGAGCUGUUUCCUGUAUGUGCUUUACAACUCCGAUGACUUCCAGCUGUGCUUCCCAAGUGAUCUGCACUGCAAAGGAUUCUGUGAACUGGUGAGCUCUCUGAUCAGUCAGGGAGAAGGUGCAGGGGACGACUCCAGCUUGGAGAGUGAAGGUCUGUUGGAGUACAUGUAUGAGAAAGGAGAAAACGGAGAGAAGGUGGUACUGGGGAGAGGAACAUAUGGAGUGGUGUAUGCUGGACGAGACUUGAGUAAUCAAGUGCGCAUCGCCAUCAAGGAGAUCCCAGAGAAAGACCGCACUUACUCUCAGCCUCUCCACGAAGAGAUCGCCUUGCACAAGAGACUGAAGCAUCGCAACAUUGUGCAGUACCUGGGCUCUCUCAGCGAGGAUGGCUUCAUCAAGAUUUUCAUGGAGGAGGUGCCAGGCGGAAGCUUGUCCUCACUCUUAAGAUCAAAGUGGGGUCCUCUUAAAGACAACGAGCCCACCAUUGUCUUCUACACCAAGCAGAUUCUAGAAGGACUGAAAUACCUCCAUGAUAACCAGAUAGUUCACAGAGAUAUCAAGGGUGAUAAUGUCCUGAUCAACACCUACAGUGGCGUACUCAAGAUAUCUGAUUUUGGAACGUCUAAAAGACUAGCAGGAAUCAACCCUUGUACAGAAACCUUUACAGGUACUCUGCAGUACAUGGCUCCAGAGAUUAUAGACCAGGGUCCGCGGGGUUAUGGGAAACCGGCUGAUAUCUGGUCUCUAGGCUGUACCAUUAUAGAGAUGGCCACUGGGAAAACCCCUUUCCAUGAGCUGGGCAGCCCACAGGCUGCCAUGUUCAAGGUCGGCAUGUUUAAGAUCCACCCCACUGUGCCAGAGUGCAUGUCAGAGGAGGCCAAAUCCUUCAUCAUACGCUGCUUUGAGCCCAAUCCCGACAAGAGGACCAUAGCAUCUGACCUGCUGAAAGAUGCUUUCCUUAAGAGCAGCACCAAGAAGAGGAACAAGCCAUUGCCCAGCUUAGCCGAGCCAGAUCCCUCCGCAGGAGACUACCAGAGGAGCAUGUCUGUACCCAUAGCUGUGUAUGUGGAGGAUGUGGAUGCUGACAGGACAGAGCUGUCUAAUUCCCUCAAUCUGAGGAAAACGAUCCAUUGCCUCAGAGAAAAUGACAUUUCAGAGAGCACCUGCACCAACAACUUCCUGCUGAUGCCAGAGGGACCACAGGGGGACAUGAUGAGUCCUGCUGUGUCAGGAGAGAACCUUGGUCUUUUCUUGCUCAGGAAAGACAGUGAGAGGAGAAGCACUCUGCACAGAGUCCUUACUGACUAUAUCAGCCAAGUACUGCACAAUAUAAACGAAUCACUCCCACAGACUGAAGAACCCUGCAUCACCGCCGAGCACAUCGAGCAGCUGAUUGGUUGCCUACGAGAAAACAUCCGAUCUCCAGACAGGAAGCAACUGACCAACCGACUCCUGAUGUUGCACACUAGCCUGCAUAAUGACUCAGUACCUCUCUGCAGCCUGCAGGCGGCACUCUUCAGCUUCCAGGAUGCAGUGAAGAAGGUGCUGCGGCAGCAGCAGGUGAAACCUCACUGGAUGUUUGCUCUGGAUAACCUGCUCAGACAGGCUGUGCAAGAUGCCAUUACCGUGCUUCUGCCAGAGCUCAAGCUGCAGCUCCAGUCAUCCUUCGAAGUGGAGGAGGGUUCUCCUGAAACAGAACAGCCGAAUGAGGAACCAACUGCAGAGUCACACAAGGAGACUAAUGGCACGUCUCAAGAACCUCACCAGCACAGGCUGCAGAGUAUCAGUUCCAGGCUGCCUAAUGGCCUCGCCACUAGCUGUAGCCCCCUCGCCCAGGAAUUUAUCUCGUUAUGCCAGGAAACCAAGAGGUUGCUGACUCAGCUAAACGAGAAGGAAAAGGAAUACCAAGAGCUUGUAAUGAACUCUCUGCAUAAUGUACAAGGAGCAAUAGACACACUAAAGGUCAAGGCUGCAACAGAGAGCAGUGAUAAUAAGGCUGUCUGCCAUAACGCUCAGACCCUUGCCAUGGUGCGCUGGCUGAAGGCUGUCCCAGCAGAUGAGCAUACCAUAAACACACUCGUGGCUCAUGGCUUCACCUUAGACAUCCUGCUCCAUAUGGCCUGCAGAGAUGACCUCAAGUACUGUGGCAUCAAAGGUGGGAUGGUGUGUCGUCUUUGGGGAGCCAUUUCUACUCAGAGGAAGAGUCACCUGAGCAUGGUCAUGGAGGACAGUGAAGAAACCGUACUCUAACUACCAAACCACACUGGGACUUGAGGUUCAUAUGAGCUCAGUGAGCUUGGAACAUUUUCCUGUCUGGAAACAUGUGCCUUUCGUCUGGGAUCUUGAUAUAUUUAUUCUGUCCAUUGAGGAAAAUGACAUUGAAAUUGCUGCAUUUUCUAAAAUGAUGAUAUACUCAUUCGCUAUGUAUGUUCUUAUGUUCUCUUUUCUGAGUGUUUUCAUGUGUACACACUGUGUCUGUGCAUAUGCAUAAGUAUGUGUAUGCAAUGGGGAAAAGGGUUUAAUCUCGGCCCAUGAGGUUUUUAGUUUGUCCCUUUAGGGACAAACAUUUAAACAUUCUAUGCAAAACAUUACAACAAUGUUCCCCCAUCAAAGAGGGUUCCACAUGCAAUCCCUUUAGGGAGCUAGAACUUCUUUUUAUAAGAGUGUGUGUACAUGUAACUAUAUUAUAUAUAGUUAAAAAGAUAUAGAUCUUUAGAUGUACAGACAGGUGACAAAUGAAAGGAAAAAACAAAUAGUGUUAGGCCAAAACAAGCUGGUGGAACAGAUUGAAUGUGCCUUGGUAAAUCUCUGGAGUUCUACUUGAUGUGUAAACACCAUUCUUCCAAAAGCUGUUCUCUCAGUUGGUGUUUUGAUGGUGGUGGUGGAGAGUGCUGUCUAACACAUCUAAACACCUAAAUCUCCCGUAGCUGUUCAUUUGGGUCGAGAUCUAGUGACUGUUAAGGUCAUAGCAUAUCAUUUACAUCACUUUCAUAUUUGUCAGACCGUUCAUUCAGCCCUCGAGCCCUGUGGAUGAUGACAUUAUUAUCCUAGCAAAGACCUCUCUAAUCAUGAUAGUAAUGUUUCAUCAUAGGAUAAAGGUGAUCAGACAGAGAACUUUUGCAUUGAUCUGCAGUGAGCAUAUCCUCUAAGGGAACAAGUGGACCCAAAGCAGAACAGCCACUGUUUUUCCUUUAGUUUGUUAGCUGCGUGUCUGUACAGCUGUGGGAAUACAUAAUGUGAUUUGACAUUUUUAUUAUAUUGAAUGUCAAAUAUUUUUUACCUCCAACUUCAGAAGCAAUUUGUUUGCUUUACACAGCUGGUAAAUUGUGGACUAUUUAAAAUGAUCUGUUUCGUUGGAAACUUUGUGUACAUAACACUGUGAUUUUUACCAUGUCUAGGUUUAUUAUUGAAGUGCAUGUCGGUUGUUUCAUGGAUUCUUCAGAAUUAUACAAAACUUGAACAUGUAAUCUGUAAUUGUUACUUGUUUAAAGCUUCCACUCUAUAAUGAAUCCACUUCUUACUGUAAGGCUUCUUCUAACACCAAAAACACUACAAAAUAAUGGAUAUUAAAACUGUGACUGAUCCAAGUCCUGAUUCAUUAA